UUAUACACUCUAAAAAGCUGCGUAUAUUUGUUCAUUUUCCCGCUGUUUUCGCUUGAAAAUUCUCUUCAAACACAAGAAUUCAUGAAUUUCCGGUGCGCAUGCCUGAUUCUUUUCCAUAUAUUGUCCUGCAAGGCGGGUUUAAUUGUUUUAAACGACUACGAUCCUGGACAAUGUAAUCAAACAAACCACGGCGCACAAGUGCUCGUUAAAGAUCGAAAAAGCAUUGAAAAAGUCUUCAUUUGUUCAAUGAAUGCAGGGGUGUACCAAUGGCAAUCAGCAGCAGGGGACGACCCGAACGGUGAAAUUUUUAGCCCUGGUUUUGACUGUUCAAAAAUAUUAGAUAGUUACCCUAGAGCAAAGGAUGGGAUGUACUGGAUACAUCUUGGAAGUUACAAUGGCAAAAAGGUUUAUUGUGAUAUGACCACAGAUGGCGGUGGAUAUUUCCUUGUUGGGAGGAUGAAUUCCUCUGUAACCUGGACAGUACCGUCAAACGACAUUCCUGUUGAACCAUACGGUCUUCCACACUGGGCUAGUAAUCUAGGAGACGCCGAAAUCCUUGAUUUUAGAGUUCAAUUCGGUACAGCGGAAGAUAUGCGUGAGGCAAAGGCAGAUUGGUCAUUUAGACUCCAAGCAAAACGCCCUUUACAAAAACUAAUGAUGGAAGACAAAGGAUGUUCUCAAGACCAACCUGGAAUAGGAAACAUAGCAUAUGUAAAAGAUCUGCUGACUAAUAAGAUUGUUUCCACAGGAUAUCAUUGUUCUAUUUUUGGAAAAUAUCAACAUCCAGUGACCGGCUUUGGAUGGCACAAGAUGAACUCUUGCUUAAAAAAGCCAUGUAAAAGUGGAUUCGCAUAUUGGGAUCAACCAACAUUUGAUCGAAAAGUUCAAGUUGAUUUCCAUGGACUGUUCAGCUUUACUGCGUCGGGAAAUAAUUCAGGUGUAAACCAUGCUGCCACUGCAAUGGUUGGUUGUUCAUCUAACAAGAUAUGUUGCGGAUGUUACGGCCCAUCAGGUGGUAGAGGUGAUUACUGCACACCUGAUUGUACCCCGAAAAAUGGCGGAACUGCAGAAAGGAAUAGUUACACGUGGUUCUGGGUGAGAACAUCUCUUCCAAAACGUGUUUGGAGAAGAUGUAUGGAAUACCAAGUAGCAAAUAAAGAUGGCGUCAUGAUCUCCUACAGAAUUCUGGACGGAAAUCCCAUGCCUGAAAAGGGUCGCUGUUCUAAGGACAAAGUUUUGUUGAAUGAGGGUGUUGUCGUAGUUCCUAAUGCGGCGAUGGACAAACAAGCGCCUGGUGUUCCUGGGUUGUUAAAAUAUCGUACGGAUAAAAAUGAACUCUCUGUUAGAUCAAAUGGAACAUGGGAAGUUAUCGCGCCAGAGAAAAAGAUCCUAGAAGAAACUUCAGAGAUAGUUAUUCAGGAGUUAAAAAACAAUGAGCAAAGACUUUAUGAACAAAACCGAAUGUUAAAUUUGAGAAUGCAGGAGCUUGAAAAGAGGAUAACAAGCUUUAUAAAUUUACACACAGACCGGCAUGAAUGCACGAGUUAUAUAUCGCUUAGCAGCAAAGAUCGAAACGUAAAGUAUAUGGGUGCGGGAUUAUUGUGUGAUCGUGGUAUAGCAACGGGCUGGUACAGAUUUGUGGGUGAUGCCGGGACACAGAUGUCGACGAGUUGUAUUCAAAACAGAACUCAUCGAAAAUGUUCCACUCAUGGUGUCUCGUGGUUAAAUGGACCGCAUCCUACUUUUGACGAGGGAAAAGUGACGCGCACUGUAUGCUUCAGUUGGGUGGGGGUUUGUUGCAACCGUCAAAGAGAUAUCGAAGUAAUGAAUUGUGGAUUUUUUCACAUCUACAAACUGGUGUCUACUGGUCCUUGUAGUCAUCGUUACUGUGGAACUGAUGUUUGAAAUUCGAUGCUCAUGAAAUUUUUUUUCGAUACUGCAAAAUUUGAGUUACAAUAACUGAAAUCACCGUGAAAUUAUUAUUUUACCGUGCAUAGGUUACAAAACGUCUCAGGCCUACUGAGCCCUUACAAUUCAGAAAAUGAUAAAGUUGAGAUUUAGUAUCAUAAAAAUACGUAUGACAUGUUAUGCGGCGUGCAUGGUUUUUUAUCUAAUGUAUAGUAAUUAUGUGUAAG